UUAGAAACGAAAACGGGAAUAGGGUGUAAAAUAUGGUGCUGUGGCUUAUUUUGUGAGAUAGAAAAGUCUUCCACCUAUAAAUAAAUCAGCUAAUUUCAUUUUCACCUAAAAGCGAAUUGACCAGCUACAGAUGGAGGCACUGAAUAUGUAUUGACUGUAAAAGUUUAAAGCAGGAUGAAGCGUGGUAAAGAUCAAGAUCCUGAUGAUGUAUUUGAAAUACUGGAUGUUCGAGGAAGUGCAAAAAAUGGAAAAAAUUGGUUUCAGCACUUUCUGGGUGAUAUUACUAAGGCUUCUACUGCUAAACAGAUAACAGUUGGAGGGAUUACUGGAUGGUGUACAGGAUUUGUUUUUACCAAAAUUGGAAAAGUUGCUGCCACUGCAGUUGGAGGAAGCUUACUACUUAUACAGAUAGCUCAACACCAAGGAUACAUUAAGAUUAAUUGGAGCCAGUUAAGUAAAGACAUGGAGACAGCUUCAAAACAUUUAGAAAAACAUGCUCAAAAAGGUUUCUCAAGAUACCUAGAACAGGGUCAGAAAUUUGUGAAAGAGAAUGUUGUCUUAGCAACAGGAUUUGCUGGAGGGUUUCUAAUAGGGAUAGCUUCUUCAUAGUACAAGCUUGCGAUGAAUGAAGGCAGUUAGCUGUUGUAGAUGAUGAACUCAAACAAACAGAUUUCCUCUUCUGUUUUGCAUUCAUCUUGUCAAUCUUACUAAAAUAUCUAGAGAAAGCCUGUGUCACACAGUGAAAUUAUGGUUGACGUUUUGGUAAAACAUCAGCGAACCUCUUAAAAAAAUAAAAGUGUACAUUUGGAGUUGUAUUAAUGUAUUGCUUUACAGUCACUUAAAAACAUUAGAAUAAAAAAGAAAAAAGAAGUUUAGCUAAUGUUCUGGUUUUACUACUGAGAAAUAAAUACAGCAUUCAGGAAACUUGAUGAAUUUUUAGGCCUGAAACAUUCAUUCUAGUGUGAAUCCUAUCUUUUUUUGGACAGCAUACAUUUUAUUCUUAUAAAACUAACAAUUUGAUUGAAUGUAUAAUAAACUGAGAAAUUUUAUUAGCUAUUUAUUAUUAGUGUAUUUUAUCUACUCAUAUAAAUAAAUAUAAUUUGGCUCAUGUC